GAUGAUCCUCAAACGUCAGACAUAAAUCAUAACAAACGCAAACGUAAAAUCGCCAGAUGGUUUGAGAAUUUCUCAACGUCGAAACAUCGGGAAAAUAUUAAAAUUGUGCCGUUCUUUGUUGAGUUAUACGAUUUUUUCAUCUGUGCAAAGCUAGAUCAAUUUACUAAAAAUGCCGAAGAAGAUGGGAAUCAACAGCAAGGCCGUGGAAGCUCGAGAACGCAAGGCCGAAGCAAAAAAGGUCGCAACUGAGAAGGCAGCCAGAGCAGCGGAGGAUGCACUGUGGGCCGAUGACGAUAAGCUGUUGGCCAAAAAGAAAAAGCAGAAGGAAGAUGAAGAGCGAAAACGCCUCGAACAGGCUAGGAAAAAAGCGGAAGCUAAAGCUUUACUAGAGCAGGAAAUGAGCUCCAUCAAAACUGCACCUAAAGUAUCGGUUCAAAAAAUUACGCGGGCUCAAAUAGAUGCUGAGGUGGAAAAACGCAAUCGUGCGAUCGAAACCGUUAACAAUCCACCGAAGCCAGUCGUUCCGAAAACACCUGCCAUCGAAGAAAACCUCAAUCGAAUGAUGGCCGAAACGGAAGUCGCUCAAACGAUAGACCAAGCCAUUGCCGUGCUCAACGUGAAGGACGGUGAGGAUCGCCAUCCUGAGAAACGAAUGAAGGCUGCUUUUAAGGCUUACGAAGAUGAACAGUUACCAAUCAUGAAGCAAGAAUAUCCCUCUCUAAAAUUGUCACAGCUCAAGCAGAUGAUUUUCAAGGAAUGGCAAAAGUCUCCGCAAAAUCCAAUGAAUCAGAAGGCGUAGGAAAAACAUGCUGGUGUAAAUCCUAAAAACAUGCUUAUCCGAUGUAUGGAAAUGAAGAAGCAUUUUCGUCCCUGGGCAACCAAACUCUAUUGUCAGUCGAUUGGACACAACCAUAUAGAAAGAUUAUCAAUGGUACAGUUUAAAUUCGAUAAAUGCAAAGAGCUUAACCGAAAACACGAACAAUUUUGUUCUGCUAUCCCGUACUAAAUUAGCUGAAGCAAAAUAAAUUAUCGGAUUUCACUGAUUUGGAAGCGAAUUUCUGCUUUCGUCAGUUCAAAGAUGUGAGAGCAGCACUGAAGAGUCUAACAUUUAUCGAAUGUCUAUUGUACCUUUAUUUAUCUCGACAGUAAUUGCGAAAGACGGUUAGUUAAAAGGACGAAAACUGUAACACAGUGUGAAUGAUUAAUAUAAUUAUACGUAUCGCUAACAA